GGCCGGACGGGGUUGAGCGGGGCCGAACGGGUCCGGACGGGGCCGGACGGGGCGCCAUGGCCGGCAGGGCCCGCGGUGGCGGCGGCGAGGCGCUGCGGGUGGUGGCGCGGUGCCGGCCGCUGAGCCGGCGGGAGGAGGCGGCGGGCUGCGAGCGCAUCGUGGAGCUGGAGGCCGGGCUGGGCCGCGUGAGCAUCCGCAACCCCCGCGCGGCGCCCGGCGAGCCGCCCAAGACCUUCACGUUCGACGCCGUCUACGACGCCGGGUCGCGGCAGGCCGAGCUGUACGACGAGAGCGUGCGGCCGCUGGUGGACGCGGUGCUGCGGGGCUUCAACGGCACCGUGCUGGCCUACGGGCAGACGGGCACCGGCAAGACCUACACCAUGCAGGGCUCGUGGGCCGAGCCGGAGAAGCGCGGCGUCAUCCCCAGCGCCUUCGAGCACAUCUUCACGCACAUCUCGCGCUCGCAGAACCAGCAGUACCUGGUGCGCGCCUCCUACCUGGAGAUCUACCAGGAGGAGAUCCGCGACCUGCUGGCCAAGGACCCCGGCAAGAAGCUGGAGCUGAAGGAGAGCCCCGAGACGGGGGUGUACAUCAAGGACCUCUCCUCCUUCGUCACCAAGAACGUCAAGGAGAUCGAGCACGUGAUGAACCUGGGCAGCCAGGCGCGCGCCGUGGGCAGCACCAACAUGAACGAGUACAGCUCGCGCUCCCACGCCAUCUUCCUCAUCACCGUCGAGUGCAGCGAGACGGGGCCCGACGGCGAGGAGCACAUCCGCGUGGGCAAGCUCAACCUGGUGGACCUGGCCGGCAGCGAGCGCCAGGGCAAAAUGGGCGCCCACGGCGAGCGCCCCAAGGAGGCGUCCAAGAUCAACCUCUCCCUCUCCGCCCUGGGCAACGUCAUCUCCGCCCUCGUGGACGGCCGGAGCACGCACAUCCCCUACAGGGACUCCAAGCUCACCCGCCUGCUGCAGGACUCCCUGGGGGGCAAUGCCAAGACCAUCAUGGUGGCCACCCUGGGCCCGGCCUCCCACAGCUACGACGAGAGCCUCUCCACCCUCAGGUUCGCCAACAGGGCCAAGAACAUCAAGAACAAGCCCCGGGUAAACGAGGACCCCAAGGACACGUUGCUGCGGGAGUUUCAGGAGGAGAUCGUCCGGCUGAAGGCCCAGCUGGAGAAACGCGGCAUGCUUGGCAAGAAGAGGAGAAGGAGCAGUCGGAGGAAGAAGGCGGUGGACGGAGAAAGCGCCACGGAGAACGAAGGGGAGGACGACAACGAGGACGGCCUGGAGAAGAACAUGGAGAACUACCUGAAGGAGCAGAAGGAGAGGCUGGAAGAGGAGAAAGCCGCUAUCCAGGACGACCACAGCCUGGUGAGCGAGGAGAAGCAGAAGCUGCUGGAGGAGAAGGAGAAGAUGAUAGAGGACCUGCGGAAGGAGCAGGAGGCCACGGAGCUGCUGGCCACCAAGUACAAGGCCAUGGAGAGCAAGCUGCUGAUCGGCGGCAGGACCAUCAUGGACCACACCAACGAGCAGCAGAAGAUGCUGGAGCUGAAGCGGCAGGAGAUAGCCGAGCAGAAACGCCGCGAGAGGGAGAUGCAGCAGGAGAUGCUGCUGCGGGACGAGGAGACCAUGGAGCUGCGGGAGACGUACACGUCGCUGCAGCAGGAGGUGGAGAUCAAAACCAAGAAGCUGAAGAAGCUGUACGCCAAGCUGCAGGCGGUGAAGGCGGAGAUCCAGGACCAGCACGACGAGUACAUCCGCGUGCGGCAGGACCUGGAGGAGGCGCAGAACGAGCAGACGCGGGAGCUGAAGCUCAAGUACCUGAUCAUCGAGAACUUCAUCCCGCCGGAGGAGAAGAACAAGAUCGUGAACCGCCUGUACUUCGACUGCGAGGAGGACCAGUGGAAGUUCCAGCCGCUGGUGCCGGCCGGCGGGUGCGUGCGGCUCCCCGCCAGCUGGGGCGAGGAGCGGGGAAGCAGCAGCCAGAUGAAGAAGAGGCCCACCUCUGCCGUGGGGUACAAGAGACCCAUCAGCCAGUACGCCCGCGUGGCCAUGGCCAUGGGCUCUCAUCCGCGGUACCGGGCUGAGAACAUCAUGUUCUUGGAGCUGGACCUCUCCCCUCCGGCCGUGUUUGAGUUUGAGCGGAGCAGGGACCCAGCCGAGCAGGACCCGCGGGCUCUGCACCUGGAGAGGCUGAUGCACCUCGACAGCCUCCUGGAGCGGCCGGCGGCCUCCCGGGUGAGGAAGUCCCGCUCCUGGUGCCAGACGCCGCGGUCGCUGCCGUCCUCCACCACGCACGUCGCCCUCGCCGCCGGUUCCCCGCGCGCCUCCACGACGCCGGCGCAGGAGUGACCGCCCCAACCGCCCCCCCCCCCCGCGAGGACUGUGCCCGUCGGCGGCUGCCUCCAGCGCCGGGGCCCAGGAACGGCCCCGCCGGCAGCACCUCCACCGCUCCCAGUUCGUCUUUGUCUUCAGCUACUUUGGUGUGCGCCUGUGUUUGUGUGAGACGCUCGUGAGCAGCCCCCUCCCACCCCGGGGCGAUGGGAGCUGCCCCUUUCCUUCCUCCCCCCCACCCCCGGCCCCCCCAGUCUGGAUCUGUCACUUUAUUUAUUUAACGUAUUUAUUUAUGGAGUGGUUGGUGAGCAGAGUCAGGAGGCGCGUUGGCGCUGCGGGACGCCCGAGGCUGGCACCGCGCGGGUCCCUUCGCUGGGACGCGGGGCCCCGAGCCCCCUGAGCCCCCCGCCCCGCGGCCCCCACGGCUUUGGCACGGGGCGAGGCAGCUCCGGACCCUCCCCGCUGCGCUCGCUGGAUCCCACGGAGCUUGCCCUACGGUCUGUGCUGCGGGUCGUGGCAACGUCUGCAAGGUUUCGGAGACUUCCCGGUGGCAGACCCUUACGCUGGGCUUUCCGGAGACCACGGGGGACUCUCCAGGCUGCAUCGACACCGGUGGCAGCGGCGAUGUCUCGCUGACUUCUGCACGUGGCUGUCCCUCCACGAUGCCAGCUCCAUCCACCACGAAGGCCUACGAGCUGACCAAAGCAAGUCAGUCCCGGCUUUGUCCGCCUGUGCCACCCUCCGGAGCUGGCUGGCCCGGUCCUGCGUGGUUGUCUGACACCCGGCUUGCUCCAGUCCCUGACCCUGUGCUUGAGUAACUCCUCAGAGCAAGGACAGGAGGUGGGAAGCUCCGUCCCCUUCCACCCAGCUCUCCCCAGGAGCCACGUAGUCUGAGGAGCGGUAUUGCCUGAGUGAAACCCACGCGACGGUGCCCACUGUCCUGGCAACUAAAGGCAACGCAGCCCAAAAUGGUGAUGCCUGCAGGAGUGACUUCAGCACAGCUCUCCUCUGGGCUGGAAAUGCUGCAUGGGCGCCUGGGGAACGCUUCUGGUCGUUCUGUGGGUGGUGGAGGGAGAGCUAAUGGAUGUGAGACGGGUAAUGGAUGGGUAAGUGAGCAGCAAGCAGCAGGGCUCCUCCGCCCGGCACAGCAAUCUGAAACCCAUCCCAGGCAGCAGCACGGAGUUGCCAGGACGUCAUUCGGUGUCCCUGAAUGGUUCAGCUUUGGGCAGUAGGAUUGGAGACGGGUCCGGGACCAUUUCUGUGCCAGGGCAGCAGCUCGGGCACAGAAAACCGUGGUUUAUCUGGGACGGUUUUCAGAUGUGCAGAGGUGGGGGAGGUGGAGCUGAGUUACAGGGUCCCGAUGGACGGGGGAGCGACCCCCUGGCGCACCAGGAGGAUGUGGGUCGGCUGAAGCCAGUCCUGAAGCCAGAAGGGAUGGGGCACUGGCAUGGAGGGGAAACCUCAGCUGCAGCUGCUUGGGACCAAGUGCCACCCCUCGGGAGAGGCCCCGCAGCCGCGCGGCCAGGCUGGGGUGCGCGAACCUUCGUGCUCUUCCCCCGACCCGUCCUCUGCUCUGCUGCGGGGCCUUCUCCCGUUGCCCCGUGGCACUGUCCUGCUUUGUGUUAACUGAUCCGUGCUUCUGCUGCCGUCAUCCCUUCUCUGCCUGUGUCCCAUGACGCCCCUAGGGAGUCUUGGCCCCUCUCUGCCAGCCCGCAGGGCAGUCACCGUGCUCUUCGGGGAAGCCGAGAAGGCUGGCGAGUCCUGGCUCCUGCAGACGCCCACGGUAUUUAGAAGAACCACACGAUGCUGCUUGGGGCAGGAUGGUGAAAUGCCUUCUUUCAGUUUGAAUACAAACUUGCCUUGAA